UGAAGCAGCUCAUGAGCACUGGUUUCUCAACGGAAAUGAAAAAGGAAAAAAAUCAAGAACUAACGCGACUGAUAAUGACGAAGAUUAAGGAAGAUGAUUAAAUUAAUCAAGUGCCGUUAGGGUUUGGUUGUUGAACUAAUCGUUCGUCAAUUCUCCAACGCAUUUUUAACCAAAUUCCAGUCUGCAAGUCAUUUGGAAUCUUGGAAUCUUCCUCUUGCUUCCGUUGAUCGGUUCUCCGUUUGCAUUUUGGGCUCUGUUCUUUCUUUCUUUUCCAUUUUCUGGAUCAGUUCUUCAAUUUUUUGCGCAUUUAAUCUUUUCUUUGUCAUCUGUUUCGCUUCUGAUUCGAAUUUCCAUCAGCUGUAUUUCCACCUUUUCCAGCAUGAGUCUUCAACCUACGCGAUCGGACUUGGAAUCUACUGAUAUUGACGGCGUGAAUCCUAAUGACUCUGGUCGAAUUCAACCGUCGUCGCCGGGCGCUCUUCUAUCAGCGCGUCAUUCAUUGGACUCCCAGCGGAGAAUCGCAAUUGCUGUUGAUUUGAGCGAUGAAAGCGCCUACGCUGUCCGUUGGGCUGUUCAGAACUAUCUCCGUCCCGGAGAUUUGGUGUUUUUUCUUCACGUCCGACCUACCAGCGUUCUUUAUGGAGCGGAUUGGGGAGCGGUUGACCUUCACCAAAGGAGUAGCAGCAGCGACGACGUUAGCGCUGAGGAAUCGCAAAGGAAGCUCGAGGAUGAUUUCGAUAACUUCACGACGACCAAGGCCAGUGACUUGGCUCAGCCUUUAGUGGAGGCCAAUAUUCCUUUCAAGAUUCAUAUAGUCAAAGACCACGACAUGAAGGAGAGGCUGUGCUUGGAGGUUGAAAGAUUAGGGCUCAGCGCUGUUAUCAUGGGGAGCCGUGGCUUUGGCGCCUCCAAGCGAAUCACUAAGGGCCGACUUGGGAGUGUUAGCGAUUACUGCGUUCACCAUUGUGUAUGUCCAGUAGUGGUGGUCAGGUAUCCCGAUGACAAGGAUGGUUCUCGUGGAGAUGCCGAUGCCGAUGGAAGUAGUGGCGGCUCGGUGAAGAGUAUUAUUGGGGAGGAAGUGGAACUUGAACCAGUUCCUGAGGACGAGCAGGAGUAUCACGACGCUGAUGAGGAGAUCAAAGAAGUUGUGCAGGUGCCAAAGGUAGAGAAGACUGGUGAGUGAAUUGAGUUGACUUGAACAGUUGGUGUGUUUGUAUGUGGUGAAAAUAUUUCGUACCCUUUGUGGAUGAACAAAAAACUGUAUGUAUGGUCAGACAUUGAUUUCCAUUUGUGUGUUCUCACACUACUGUUCAUAUAAAUAGUACAUACAUGUUUGUUAUAUCCA